UUUGUAUGUAUUAGACGAUACCUAUUUUUCUCAUUUCUUGACAUCCUCUCCAAGUCGCCGAGAAAACCCUAGCAGGCACAUAAGAAUGAAGCGGAAACGUGCAUCUGGUGAGCAGAAACUUAAAAGGUCCUGGGGGAAGAAGACACUCCAAAAGGAUGCUGCUCUAGUGGCAGAAUUUGAUGUGGUGAAUGAUGAAGCAGAAGAAUUUGAAACCAGCAUGAGCUGCCCACCUCUACGUAAAUCUGUAUCUGAUGAGAAAACAGAGGAAAAUGUCAACUCACUGCAUAUAGAAACUGAAAUUCCAAGAACUGGUACCAUCAUGAGUGGUGCAGAUUUAGGGAUAGAAAAAGCUGUUUACGGGAGGAUGGAGAAUUAUCCAAACUCAUUGCGUGAAAUGAUUGUAUCCAUUAUUAAAGAGAUGUCCAAGGAAGCUGGUGGCCUAGCUAACCUGUCAAGGAGCUUGGUUGAUAACCCAACCAGCAAUGGACAGAUGGGGCAACCUCAUGUUGGCAUGGAUCUCGAGGAAAAUGAAAGCCGACUACGUCAAGACCCAGAAUACAAGCAACAAGAACUAAAUGCUGCCCUAACAGUGAUCAAAAAGACCAUGAAAUUGGAUGCAGCUGAUCCAUUUAACAGGCCCGUAGAUCCUAUAGCACUUGAAAUACCUGACUACUUUGAUGUUAUCAACACACCUAUGGAUUUUGGUACAAUAUGCAACAACCUUGAGAAUGGUCUCAAGUACAUGAAUUCAGCAGACGUAUUUAAGGAUGUACAAUAUAUUUGGUAUAAUUGUCUCAAAUAUAAUAAGAAGGGUGAUUACAUUUUGGAGCUCAUGAAGCGGGUAAAGACAUUCUUCAUGAAGUACUGGAUAGCAUCUGGGUUAUACACUGAACAAUCACCAGCUAUUGUUGAAUCUGGCCUACAAGUGCAACCCAGUAUGCAUAAUGAGGAUCAAUCGGUGAGCCCUGUUACUCCUAUUGCUGGUAAAGUUCUGCCAAGCCAAGUACAUUCUCGUUCAACCUCGUUGAAUGAGCAUAAGCCUCGGUUGAGCACUAAUGAGCAUCAUCAUGCUCCAGAAUGCACGGAUGCGGAUGCUGGUGCUGCAGAGUCUUCUAUGAUCUUGAGGCACAACAAACGAGAAAAAGACUAUCCACUGGCUCCACUUGAGGAUAAUUUUGCCCACCUGCAGCAAAAUGUGCCUGGUUCUAAUUCUAACCAAGAACUAGAAAAUCAACCCUGGCCGAUCAACAUGCAGGCUGGUCAGCCCCAUCAGAGCUCUAGCCACCCACAAUCUUCCCCACAACGGAAUGAGCCUAACACUGUUACUCCUGAUUCUUUAAGUAUUCAAAAGAAGCGCCAAGGCCGAGGGCCCACACGUUGCGUGAAAUUACUAAAUACAGUGGGACGGAUAAGAAUCGCCACCAAUGAGCUUGGGCAGCCUGUAGGUCCUGAGGCAUCCCAACUAACCAGCUUCCUGGGGCUCACAGCACGGGAUGGGAACUUGGCUCCCCUUACUUAUUCUAGUUGGAGCAAAGUGCCAGAAGACAACAAGGAGAACAUGUGGCAGAAAGUUCUGACGAAGUUUGACAUUGACCCCUGUAGUCGAAGUUGGGUGCUGAUGUCCCUUGGAACUAAGUGGAGAAACUUCAAGUCCCUUCUUAAGUCUACUCGUUAUGACACUCAUGCGACUGAUGAGGAGCGGCUUGCAGACCGUGAUGAAAGGGUCCUUGCUGAUCAGUGGUCAGUACUUGUUUCUCAGUGGAGCUCUCAGAAAUGGCAGAGUAUUAGUGCCCAAAAUAAGGCCAAUCGUGCAAGGCAAAAGUUCAGCCACACCUCAGGCAAAAAAAGCUUUGCUAGAAUACGUGAGGAGGAGAGGGCGAAAAGGGCUGAUGGGCAGGAACCCUCACGGGCCGAACUAUUUAUAUUGACUCGUACGCGCAAAAAUGGUCAGCCUGUGAAUGAAGCUACCGCUGCUGUAAUUUCCCAGCUUCGUGAAUCCGCAACUCAGAAGGAAGAGACAUUGAUUAACAAGGACGAACCUCAAGAUGAUGCCUAUAGUCGGGUAAUGGGGCAGGAUAGAAAAGGUGGUGUGUCUCUAUAUGGAUUAAACGCUAACCCCUCUCGUCCUGGGAUUGAGCUUCCUACUCGUGCUGAGGCUUUGAAGAUGGUAACGGAUAAGAACGCAGAGGUUCUUGAAAUGAAGGAGAAACUUGCAUUAGUGGAGCAAACAUGCUCACAAAUGGCUGCUCAGAUGUCUGUAAUGGUGUCGAUGAUGGCUACCAUGCAGAAGGGUUCCCCUGUAGAAAAUUUUCCUAGUGCUGCUGAGGGGUCUUUGGUUCCUGUGGGUAUGGCAUAUCAGUCAGAACCUAUCUCUACAUCUCAUGAUGAAGUUCCUGCAAAACAGACUCGGGGAAGGAAAAAGAGAAGGUAGAAGAACAAGCAAAGGUGGACGAUUCGAAGGAUCCAGGAAAGGCAAUCAGUCCCCCUGUGUAUCAUAAUGUUCAGCUUUUGGUAAGAUUUGAUAACCUGUUAAAAGGAUAUCCUUGUUAGAGAACAUGGAUAGAUUUGCAAAAUGCAGUCGGUGCUAGUUAGCUAUUACUUGCAAUAAAUUUGGAUAAAUUAUGCGUUGUCGUUAGUAGUUUUGCUUCCGAAAAACAAGUCGACAGGUAUGUUCAGUUUGGUUGACAAUUGAAUCCGGUUCCAGUCACCGAGCUUGCAAUAUUAUCUUUGUUGAGC